AUGUCUUCAAGCUCAUCCAUCCUGCUUUGCAAGUCUUGUAAUACAAGUGGUCACUCUUCUGCGAAAAUUUCUUACGCCUUGUUCUGUUUAAUGCUCAAAUCUUUGUCAAUGACUACAUUUUACAAUACCCUCAUAAUUAACCCAAUGAAUUUUUUCAAAAAACAUACGGGUAUUCAUUGUGUAGACUUUCAGUUAAAAUAUGCCGAUAUUCACCACUUGGAAGACGUAUGGACGGAGCUUAACAAUCUAGAGGGUGACGUUAAAACAUCUGUCAUAAAAAAACUUGUAUAUGAACAUGUUUUAGAUCAAGUACUAUUAUCCAAUCCUGUUGCCGUCCUAGGUGAUGACAUCCUCACACCCUCAAUCCAAGAGACAAAAAAUGCUCAGGAACCGCUUGCCAUUAUUCUCACUGCCCCUUUUGGUAUUUUACCGGCAUUAAGACACAUUCUAUCCAAGUAUGAAUCUAUAGUUGCGGAAACCCCUAUUUCACAGAAGCGUAACUUAGAGCCAGAGAAAUCUCAAGAUAUAAUUCAACCUGGUGGAAAAAAAGAGAAAGAUGAUAAUGCAAAGCGUUUUGUGCCGCCUAAAAUAUUUAGCCUGUUUCCCGAUACAGGUUUGCAGUGGCGCUUUAUCAAAAUAGAUAGUCAAAAUGUCACUAGUAUAUUCCCUGGAUCAUAUUUAAAGAAAGAAAAGGAUGAGACUUUUUUUAGCUUCACACAAAGGUAUUUUUAUGAUUGUUUUAAUUUUGCCAAGUUGAAAAUUAGAAGAAGCAUUGCCCUAGAACUCGAUGACUUUAACACUGAAGAGAGUCCAGAGGAUGUCGUCAAUAUCCUUUUAAACGGAUCUACAAAGUACAACAAGAAAAAUAGCAAAAAUAAGAAGAAGAGUAAGAAGCGAAGGAAAUCUAAAAUAGGUGACUCUUCAAGAUCCAAACCAAAAAUCAUCAAAAGAGAACAUAAAGGAAAAUUUGAAGAGGGGGAUCGUUAUAAAAUGACUUUGAUCAUCUUUGGCGAUGGGCUUAAGAUCAGAAGCCAGACAAGGUUUAAGGGUUUGCGCUUCGGUGUAACGGACAAACUUUACCGCCAAUUGAAAAUAAGAAAGAAGCUUGGAGAAUUACUUCUUGUAGAUGUCAACGAGUUUUAA